AUGUCGCGGUUGGCGUCGGCGCUGCUGGCCCUGGCGACGGUGGCCGCGGUGGCGGUGGCGGUGCGGCCGACGGUGGACGUGACCGCGACGGUGGCCUUCGGGGAGGGCUACACGCCGCUCUUCGGCUUCGACAACAUCCUCCGCUCCGCCGACGACCGCACCGUCAGCCUCCUACUCGACCGCUCCACCGGGUCGGGGUUCAUCUCGUCGGCCAUGUACGAGCACGGCUUCUUCAGCGCGUCCAUCAAACUGCCGUCCGACUACACGGCGGGGGUGGUGGUGGCCUUCUACACGUCCAACGGUGACGUGUUCCCCAAGACGCACGACGAGCUGGACUUCGAGUUCCUGGGCAACAUCCGGGGCAAGCCGUGGCGGAUGCAGACCAACAUGUACGGCAACGGCAGCGUCAGCCGGGGCCGGGAGGAGCGCUACGUGCUGCCCUUCGACCCCACCACCGAGUUCCACCGCUACUCCAUCCUCUGGGCGCGCGACGCCGUCGUCUUCUACGUCGACGACGUGCCCGUGCGCAACCUGCGCCGCGCCCGCGCCGGCCGCGACUUCCCGGCCAAGCCCAUGUCGCUCUACGCCACCGUCUGGGACGCCUCUAACUGGGCCACCUCCGGCGGCCGCUACCGCGUCAACUACCAGUACGGGCCCUUCGUCGCCUCCUUCACCGACCUCGCCCUCGCCGGCUGCCGCGCCCCCUCCCCCACGGAAGAAGGCUGCGCCGACGCGCUGGCCGCGUCCGACCCCGCCGUCAUGACGCUCGCCAAGCAGCAGGCCAUGCGCCAGUUCAGGGAGCGCAACAUGGUCUACUCCUACUGCUACGACACCAGGCGCUACCCCGUGCCCUUCCCGGAGUGCGACCUCGUCGAGUCGGAGCGGACGAGGUUCAAGGACAGCGGCCACCGGCUAUCGCUCAGGCGCCGCCGCGUGGGCCACCGGCCGGCCAGGCCGGGCGCCGCCAACAAGGCCGACAUGUAG